CUAAAAAAGAAUGGGCAAGAAUAAAUGAGAUGUAGGUGUUUCCGUGUUUGGAUAUUCAUUUCUUGCCGCAGGACUCAUUCUUCCCAGAAUUUUUUUUUUUCGUUCGAGAUCGAGUUCUCUCGACUUGAACUCACUGAACCCUCGUCCCUCUCUUUCUCUCUCUUAAACCCUGUCUGGCUAUCUCUCUCUGUACAAGGUUAACCCUCGUCCCUCUCUCUCUCUCUGCUGAGGUAUCUCGAUCUGUUGAAGUCUCUACAAGGUAAAACUAAUCGACUCUCUCUCUGUACAAGGUAACGGUGAGAUCGAUCUCGAUCUGUUGAAGUCCUAAAGCUAAGAUCGAUCCAAAGAGAUCAAACCAAGGUUGACCACCAAUAUCAUCCCUGUAAGCAUUAAAAGAAAGCAGCACCGAUUAAGAGUCAUGACUAGCAAAGCUGAAGGUGCUUCCAAGGAACCUAUAAAUGAGCAGGCAGUGGCAAACAUGUAUGCCACCAUGAGAUCUGAAAUCAACCAACUUUACUCAAAAAUUACAGAACUGGAGAUGGAAGUGAGUGAGCAUUCUCUGGUGAUUGGAGCCAUACAGCCACUUGAUCCAUCUAGACGAUGCUAUAGGAUGAUUGGUGGUGUGCUUGUGGAAAGAACAAUCAAAGAUGUUCUGCCAGCGGUACAGCGCAACAAGGAGGGUCUUGAGGAGGUGAUUUCCCGGAUGAACGAGGCCUUGGAAAAGAAGAAAAAGGAAAUUGCCGAAUUUGAGGCAAAAUACAAAAUUAGGAUAAGAAAACCUGACAAUGAGGUGAAGGAUGAUGAUAAUCGUAAGGAAGGUUCUUCUCAAGGAGUACUUGUGGGUCCUGCAAGCACAAAGAAUGAAUAAGAGCAGAUAUGCAGACCUUUUGUUUAUUUAUGGUUAAUUGAAUUUUGUUCUAUGCAAUUUUCCCUUGAUAUGAUUGUGGUAUUAAAGGUGUUCAAGAAAUACUGUCGUAAUGAUUAGGGUUUAACCAGUGGAUCAUGAAUUUGAGAGACUGCAUUUCAUAUUUUAUAAUGCUGAAAACAUGUUGGGCUAGCAGUUUCACAUCAA